AUGGCAACAAAAGCUACAUUCACUCUUUUUCUGUUUUUGGGUCUCUUUGGACUGAACACCAGCCUCAACAGAAAACAUUAUUAUGUGAAUAACAGUAUGAGCUGGUCAGAUGCACAGUUGUACUGCAAGAAUAACUAUGAUGACCUGUCCACUGUAAGUAAUGAAGAACUGCAAACACUCUCUGAUAAUCCUCAGAUCACUGAGGAUUUUUAUUGGAUUGGACUCAGGAGAAAGAGUGGGUUGUUGUGGUUGACAUUGACAUGGACAUGGACCGGGGGUGAGGUUGCGAAUGAUAUCAAGUGGGACAAUGACCAACCAAAUAAAAAUGAUGAUGAAUAUUGUUGUGCUGUCAAAAGGUCCUCUUCUAAAAUUCAUGAUGCUUAUUGUAAUUGGCCUAUACCAUUUUAUUGUAUGGAGGACUCGGAGCUGACUUUGGUGCAGCAGGAAAGCACAUGGGAAGAGGCCCUGCUAUACUGCAGACAAAACUACAAAUAUCUGGCCAUACUGAACUCAGAUGAGCUCAUGACAGAGGCAAGAGAUAAGAGCAGAGCAGCCCUGACUGAUGAUGUGUGGAUUGGUCUGCGCUUUAUCGCCGGGCACUGGUUUUGGGCAAAUGGAGAAGCUUUUGAAUAUAAGGUCUGGUCUUCAGUUGGAGAGCUCCAGUGCCCUGCCAUAAAUCAGCGCUGUGCAGUUCUGAACCGUAAUAGUAUGGUUUGGGAACCUGUGGACUGUGAGCAGAGAUUCAACUUUCUCUGUGCCAAUAAAACAUGAAAUGAAAUAUCUGAUUUAUUUAUGAUGACA